GCUGCUGAAGAGCCUUACCUGGGCCUCUUGCCCCGGGGCCCUCCUGAUGACAUCUCUGGCACCCUCUGUAGCCAAAGGUGGGGAGAUGGAUGCCAGCACAGGCCUGGGCCAUGGACCACCUUCCCACACAUACAGCAUACUUUCCACACGUGUGCUCACCCAGCCAACACUCACCAAAUCUCCCAGUCAGGAGGUGCCUUCGUUGUUGUCGCUUCCAGCCUUCUACCUGACGUAUGAAGUCUCUCCAUGGUGUCCCAGGUGGGGAAAAUGAGGCACAAAAAGACCACAAAGCAGAGUCGGUGGCUGAACUGGUUUUGAACCCUGGCAGCCUGGCUAGAGCCCACACUCUCAUUUACUAAAUUACAGCCAACACCAUGGUCACGCGGAUGGCAGAGAGGACUGUGCUGGAUGUUGGAGAUGCAAAGAUGCCCUUAAGAGCUUCUGGUCAGACAGGUAAAUACACACUUCAGGGGAACAUGCAGAUGCUGGAAGGUCUUUGCCUCAUGACUCUGUGCAAAACUUUAUAAGGUGCAGCCCUCUGACGGAAGGGGGCCCCUGCCUACAGAAACACCCUGAUGCCCAGCAGAGGGUCUAUGGGGAAGAGAGCAAAGAUGGGAGGGCCAGGCAAGUCAGGGAGCAGGGCUGCCAGUGGGCACACCCCAAACCCCCCUUCCAGAAACUUCCAAAGGCCCCAGCCCGGAAAUUGGGCCUCUGCUGCCCUCUAAUGGAAGAAAGGAAGCUCUGGAGAUGCCUGCUUGGGCCCCACCAACCUGGCUCCCCUAAAGAAAAGGGGACAUCAAGGACCUUCCUGCCCCCAGAUUUUUAUUCCCUUAGAGUCUUGAGCUUCAUUUCCUACAGCCUCCAAAGCUGAACCUUCUCUCCUUCCAACCUCCUCUGGCUGCCCUGUUGCCCAACCUCCACCCUCCCCCCCAGUUUCCCCAGUUUCCUUUGUUGCUCGGGUUCCAAUUCUGGUACUCUGGUUCCUGGCCCUGCUAGAGUUCUGGUUCCGGAAGGCCCUUGCCAGGUGCCUCGGGCCUUGCUCCCACCUGGGCGCAAGGCGGUGCUGAAGACAUGGGCAUGAGCACCCCCCUGUGCCUGGGGCAGCUGGACAUCCGCAAAAGUAUAGUGGGCCUGGCCAUGGGUGCCGGGGCCAUCUACCUGCUCUACAAGGCCAUCAAGGCCGGCAUAAAAUGCCAGCCACCCCUCUGCAGCAACUCGCCCAUCUGCAUCGCCCGUGAGUGUUCGGGCCCUGGGGAGAGGGCUCUGCCCCAGGAGGCACCUGCUCUCGAGGCCUCCAGUGUGGGAGGGCCCACAGGCCUGGCAAUCGAACGAGAACGGCACGGGCGGGACUCAGGUGAGCUCCGGAGGCUCCUCAACUCUUUGGAGUGCAAACAGGAUGAGUACGCCAAGAGCAUGAUCCUGCACAGUAUCACGCGCUGUGUGUACUUGCUGGAGGCCGAGGCCUCUGCUUGUACUGCUGAUGACAUCGUGUUGGUGGGCUCCAUGCUGGAUGACAAGGACAACAGUGUCAAAAUCCAAGCUCUGAACACACUUAAAGCUUUCUCUGGCAUCAGAAAAUUCAGGCUCAAAAUCCAGGAGCAGUCCAUCAAGGUACUGGAACUGGUCUCCACCAUCUGGGACUCAGAGCUGCACAUCGCAGGCCUCAGACUCCUCAACAACCUCCCACUGCCCGACUUUGUGCAUCCACAACUGCGACGGGUGAUGCCUGCCUUGAUGGAUAUCCUGCAGUCAGACUACAUCCUGGCACAGGUGCAAGCUGUACGAUUGCUGAGUUACCUAGCACAGAAGAACGACCUUCUCUAUGAUAUUCUCAACUGCCAGGUGCGCUCCAACUUCCUGAACCUGUUCCAGUCCACACAGCCGGGGAGUCUGCUGUUCGAGAUACUGGUGUUUGCUGAGCGGCUGAGUGAGGGCCGGAAUUCACCCCACUACCGGGCCGUGAAAUGGCAUUACAAUGAACAGUCUCUGCAUGAAGCUCUCUUUGGGGAUGAGUCACGACUGGCAGACCGGCUGCUCGCCCUGGUCAUCCACCCCGAGGAGGAGGUUCAGAUUCAGGCCUGCAAGGUCAUAGUCAGCCUGCAGUGCCCCCAGGACGUGAGAGUCCGGCCCUCCUGCCAGCCCAGCCAUUCCUACUUUAAUAACGGGGAAUAAAAUUAAAGAGAGCCAAUAAAUGAGUAUGGGAGAGAA